AUGACUUCAGAAGUUUCGAAGGGCGGCCCCCUCCUGGAGACGCCGGCGGAGAAGAGGCGCCGCAUCAGCACACAGGUGCUGAUGGUGCUGGCCGCGUGUCUGGGCCACUCCGUGAUCGCCAUCGUGGCCGCUUUCCCCAACCCGGCCAUCUCUGACCUCAGGAAGGACAAUUCCACCAUCUUCGGCACCGCCAUGGCCCUCACCACGGCCCAGAUGGACUUGAUGGGCAGCCUCGUGUGCGCUGGCACCAUCCCUGGCACUUGGCUCGGGGGCUGGAUGGUGGGUGCCAUCGGCCGCAGAAAGUCCCUCAUGCUCAUCGUGGUGCCGUUCACGCUGGCGUGGGGGCUGGUGGGCAUGGCGAUCAACCCUCCCAUGAUGCUCGUUGGAAGGUUCAUCAGCGGCAUCUGCUACGGCGUGACGACCGUGGCCGCGUCCACCUACGUCAUCGAAAUCCCCGACGCCUCCUUCCGGGGCGCGAUGGCCGCCCUCCCGACGCUCUUCUUCGGCCUCGGCCUCGUCGCCACGGUGACCGCCGGCAUGUUCCUGCGCUGGUACGCCAUCGCUCUCGUCGGCUACGCGGUCAUGGCGCUGUGCUCGGUGCUCAUGUUCUUCCUGCCGGAGACGCCGGCGUACCUGGCGGUGACCGGCGACAAGACGAAGGCCGGCCGCAUUCUGGAGCGCCUUCGCGGCCCGGACUUCGACGUCGACCAGGAGCUGAAGACCCUCCGCGAAUGCAACGAGACGAAGGCGGACCAGACCUUCGUCAGGCAGCUCCUCAAGCCCGAGAUGUACCGGCCGCUCAUCGUGUGCAUCGUCCUGUUCUUCAUCCAGAACUUCUCGGGGCUCACCGUCAUGUACUACAACACGACCCGCAUCUUCCACGCGGCCGGCUCCACCAUCGACGAGGACGUGGCCACCAUCUACGUGUUCUUCGUCAAGCUGCUCGGCACCAUCAUCGCCUGCCUCUUCCUCGACCGCAUCGGCAGGAGGGUGUGCAUGAUUCUGUCUCUCCUGAUCAUGGGCGUGUGCCUGGUCAUCAUGGGCGUCUACCUCAACCUGAAGGAGGGCGCGAUCAUCGGCUUCGAGGUCCACGAUGCCCUCCCCGCCGCCAACCAGACGCUGGGCGAGAACCCGCUGGAGGACGAGGUAGUCACGAGGUCUCAUGAGUAUUUGCCGCUACUGUGUUUAAUGGUAUACAUGUUCGCGUCGUGCAUUGGCGCCCACCCUGUGCCCUGGAUCCUGAGCACCGAGUACUUCCCCACCACCACGCGAGGCCAGGCCUCCGGGUUGUGUGCCAUGGCCUGCAGCCUGUUCAACUUCGCCGCCCUGCAGCUGUUCUCGCCCAUGCUCGAAGCCCUCUCGCAGGCCGGCCUCUACUGGGCCUACGGCGCCGUGUCCUUCCUCGGGGUCCUGUUCUGCCUCGUCUGCGUGAAGGAGACCAAGGGCAAGUCCGUGGGGUGAGAGGAAGGGAGAGGGACAGGGAGAGGGGAGAGGGUGAAGGAGGGAGAGCAGCAGGGAGAGG